GAGUUUGAGACAGAGAAAGAGGGAAGAGAGGGAAAGAGAGAGAAAGGACAGGGGGAGAGAGACAGAAAGAGAGAGGGAGAGAAAAAGAGAGAGUUUUUGGGACAGAAAGAGGGAGGGAGGAAGGGAGUGAGCGAGAGAAAGACAGAAAUAGGAGAGGUAAAGAAAGUAGAAAUAGAGAAAAAGAAAGAAAGAGAAGAGGAUGAAUGGAGAGCAGGAUCAGCUGUUAGCGGAGGGAAGUGAGCAAAGGGAGAUGCAGCAGCAAGACGGAGAGACGGGCGGUAACAGCUUCUGCCUCGCAGAGGGUAAAAACUUUUGUCCUACUGAGGAUAAAAAUUUCUGCCCCGCGGAGGACAAGAAUUCAUGUCUCGCGGAGCAGGGCAGAGCGCGCGCUGAGGAGGCGGAGGGGGGCUACGGCACUUUCACCAGCGCACGGGGGGAUGAGGAAGAUGAUGGGGGUGAUGAGAAUAAAGCGCGCGGGAACUGGUCCAAUAAGAUGGAUUUCAUUCUGUCCAUGGUGGGCUACGCGGUGGGCUUGGGGAACGUGUGGAGGUUCCCCUACCUGGCAUUUCAGAACGGAGGAGGUGCGUUUUUAAUCCCGUACCUGAUUAUGUUGGGUCUGGCUGGAAUCCCCAUCUUCCUGCUGGAAGUGUCUUUGGGACAGUUUGCCAGUCAGGGUCCUGUCUCCGUCUGGAAAGCCAUUCCUGCCCUGCAAGGUUGCGGGAUUGCCAUGUUGAUUAUAUCUGUGUUGAUAGCCAUAUACUAUAAUAUAAUCAUGUGCUGGACACUGUACUACCUGUUCGCUUCGUUCACUUCGUUGAAGGAUUUUCUGCCCUGGACCUUUUGCAACAAUGUCUGGAACACAGUUGAAUGCAAAGACCAGCACAUGCUGAGACUGGAUUCUUGUAUAAUUCGAGAUAGAAACGUCAGCUCAGUUAAAAACACCACGUUUUGUUUGUCCGCAAACGCCGCUGGGAAUUUGAGCAGGUUAUUAAACAUCACAACAGAGAACAGGACCUACGUCAGCCCCAGUGAGGAGUACUUCAAAUAUAAUGUAUUACACAUCUCUAAAGGGAUUGAAUACCCUGGGGAUAUCCGCUGGCCCCUGGCUGCAUGCCUCUUUUUGGCCUGGCUGAUAGUCUACGCGUCUUUGGCGAAAGGGAUCAAAUCUUCAGGCAAGGUAGUGUAUUUUACAGCCACUUUCCCAUAUGUGGUGUUGGUCAUCCUGUUAAUCCGCGGGGUCACUCUGCCUGGGGCCGGCUCUGGGAUCCUGUACUUCAUUACACCGAAGUGGGAGAAACUCAACGAUGCUAAAGUGUGGAAAGAUGCUGCAACUCAGAUUUUCUUCUCACUGUCUGCAGCGUGGGGCGGUCUGAUAACGCUUUCCUCAUAUAAUAAAUUCCAUAAUAACUGUUACAGGGACACCAUCAUUGUGACGUGUACCAACAGUGCCACCAGCAUUUUUGCUGGGUUUGUUAUUUUUUCAGUCAUUGGCUUCAUGGCCCACGAACUGAAGGUGCCAAUUGAGAGUGUAGCAGAUGAAGGGCCUGGUAUAGCAUUUGUUGUUUACCCUGAAGCCCUCACGAGAUUGCCAGUCUCUCCAUUUUGGGCCAUCAUCUUUUUCCUCAUGCUCCUCACACUGGGGCUGGAUACUAUGUUUGCCACCAUUGAAACCAUAGUGACCUCUGUGUCAGAUGAAUUCCCUAAAUACCUGCGCAAACACAAGCCUAUCUUCACCCUGGUGUGCUGUUUAUCCUUCUACGUGUUGGGAUUCCCUAUGAUCACCGAGAGUGGGAUGUAUAUGCUUCAGCUGGUGGACACUUAUGCAGCGUCCUAUUCUCUGGUCAUCAUUGCAAUAUUUGAACUAAUUGGAGUCUCGUAUAUCUACGGUCUGCAGCGGUUUUGUGAGGACAUUGAAAUGAUGAUUGGUUUUCAGCCAAACAAGUUCUGGAGGAUAUGCUGGGCCUUUGUCACUCCUACCAUCCUCACAUUUAUCCUGGCACUGAGUCUGUACCAGUGGCAGGUUAUGACCUAUGAGGAUUACACCUAUCCCACCUGGUCGAUGGUAAUGGGUUGGUUAAUGGUCAUCUGCUCCGUCAUCUGGAUCCCCAUCAUGUUUGUUAUCAAAAUGUACCUGGCGCCAGGAACUCUGAUUGAGCGCCUGAAGCUGGUUUGCUCACCACAGCCUGACUGGGGCCCAUUCCUGAUGAAGCAUCGCGGAGAACGCUACAAGAACAUGAUGGACCCGCUGGGCACAAACUCACUGGGACUCAAACUACCACCCAAAGAGUUCCAUCUUUCCGCCCAGUACCAGUAACCCCACACUAAUGAAAAAACAGGUUACAUGCCAUAACAUAAUAAAUGCUGAUGCUGCUUACAAUGAAUGAACAAAACAUCGUCUUUAGAGAAAUGAUAUUGAGCUGACUGGUGGCCUCACACUUCCAUUCCUUUUUAGCAGCAUUAGCAUAUUAGCUUUAUGUGCAGGGUUUAAGACCUUAAAUAAAAGGGUAAACUCUCCAGUGCAAACAAAACAAAAUCGCACUGCAGCUAAAAGAGUGCAGGCUUUGCUAUUAAGCAUUAUCAUAAACUCCAACAUCUCCCAAUGUAGCAGGAAACAUUGUUUUUCCUCAUUACUUUCCCCAUACUUCCAACCUUUUUUUCCUCUCUUUGUGGUGUUAUUGUUUUUUUUCGAGUGGAAAAAACCUCCAUCAGUCAGAGGGUGGAGGUCAAAUGAGCCACAAGUCUGGACAUUUCUUUAUAGCUGCAGUAUGUGGACAUCAUGGCAAUAUCAUGAAUAUGAAUUGGUUAAUUUGUAUUAUUUACUAUUUAACUGAUGGCACUAUUGCUAAUGUAUGUAGAAGAGCACUAGUCAUUUCUGCCUUCGUAAUGACCAUAAAGUGAGAGAAGACUGCCUUGCAGCUAAUCUCUGAUUUGCAUCCUAAAUUUUAGUUGACCUGUCCGGGCUCCACCCACUAAUGUGCCUUUGGUAGAAAAACGAUUGUGAGAUUGGACAACAGUGUUGAUGAGAGACUGUCGCUCCACCAGUUGAAUGAGUUUGUCAUCAGUAUCUUUUGAAUUUGUUAACAUUAGUGUGCUGAACCUGGAGGGGUCACUGUUUGCUCUUUACCUGUAUCUCCUAACAGUAUAUCCUGCACUCUGUGCCUCUGAUUCAGUGUAGUAUUGUGUAGUAUAGCGCUAACCUAAACCUUUAUAUUCCUGCUGUACAGGAAGCGCAUAUCUCUCUGUAAUCUAGGAGCUGUUCUACGUGAAAGAGCUUCACUUUCAACUCAAUGACAUAAUCUCAUUGAUAACCCACUUAGUUUAGAAGCACAAGCUUCAGGAUAUAGGACGGUAGAGUAGAUCCAUUUCUCUCCUUUUUGAGUAAAGGGCAUAAAAAUGAAGCCAUGGAAAAGUUUAAAUGUUACCUUUAUGUCUUUAAGAUGCUACUCUGCAACCAGCUUGUGUAAAAAACUUGCGUAAAGAACUAAGAGUGCUAAGAGCUUUCCACUAUGUGUUGUGAUCCUUUUAAAUGGUUCCCUUAACUGUUUUUCUUGUAUGCAGACUACAGUAGGGCACAAUGGUGGAAAGUAUAUAAAAUAUCUAUGUGUAUUUGUAUACCGAGAGACGUGUGUGUAGAAUGUGUGUCUUGUUCACUGUGAGGCUGUUCCAUUAGUUCUGUAAUCAUUUACAGAGAACCUGUGAGUAGUUUAUUAGUGUUGUUCACUCCAUACAAUGUCUUAAUCCGUCUCUGUAGCUUUGUAGGUUAGAGAAGAAAAAACAACUUUCUCCAUGAGUUUAAUGAUGUAAAAGAUGUCCAAGGACCAUUCCUCUUCUGAAAAGUUAUGUCUCGUCUCUUCUCGUUGGUGUCAAUCUCAUCAUGAAACAGGGUCUCAGGUAUACUCCUUAUUUUCACAGAUGUGAAGCGGCUUUAGGGAAUCUUGGAAUUGCUUUUUUAAAUGUCUGUGCUUCAAAGGAGAAACAGCAAGGAAAAGGAAAACAUCUCAGAGAUUUUUCUCAAUGUGACAUAACUCUGCUGUCCACUAUAAUCUUCUCAUAUGUGAACGGCUGCCGGUUUGGAGGCACUGUGACAGCACUUCCCCUGCUGUUCCUUCUUUUCUUUUAGGAAUACAAACCAUAUAACUACAAAAGAAGGCUUAUAACUGUAAACAGCCUCCUUUAAGUAUUCAUUAGAUAAAUUUGUUUAAAAUUCAGAUUUCAGUCCGAGUGUAACCAGUCACAUGAAACAGUCAGGUGCAACCAGGGUCUCAGAUCCUGAUAAGAUCCUAAAAUGCAGAUGUAUGAACUGAUGGAGCGCUUGCGCGUUAAUGCAAUGGGCAUACAAUCAGGUGUUCCAUUUCCGGCCAUGACCAAUAAAAGCCUCGAGCUUGAUCUGAAGCAAUCAGGAAAAGUUUUGGCAUAAUAUCACCCAAUUUAAAGGUGCACUCAGCUCCAUAGUGGAGAAAAAACAGGCUUUGAAUAACCGAGUUCCACAGCCGCUUUGCUGAACAGGAGUAGGGAGUUUUGGCAAGUUAAUGAAAGACAGGAUGGACAUUAAGAACAUGAUUUGAUAGAUCGCUGAGAUUUUAGACUGUGCCUGCGACUCCCUGCAUGCUUUUUAUUGCUAAGAAAUGAAGUUUGACUCGCAAUCAUCUUCCCCGAAUAGCCUAGGAAAGAACAACAAAAGAGGAAAAAGCAAAGAAAAGAGGAAAAUGAUAUGUGUGUGUGUGUGUAUAUAUAUAUAUAUAUAUAUAUAUAUAUAUAUAUAUAUAUAUAUAUAUAUAUAUAUAUAUAUUACUUUAAUAUAUAGUGCCACAAUUGUGCUGUGUGUGUGUGUGUGUGUGUGUGUAAAUGUGUAACUAAAUGCUUUCAUUAAUACUUAACCAGACGCCCAGCCUUUGUUUGACAGUAGCCUGGCCUGAGAUAGACGGGAAAAACAAAAAAAGAUUUGAUCUAAAAACAUCACCUUCUUUAUACAUCUGCCUUCCUCUCAGGAAAAAAAAACAGCAGCAGGAUAAGCGAAACAGUCUUUUCUGUCCGUUUCAAACGAGCCCAGUGAUGCGGUAGUCAAGGGCCAACCCAGGCCAGGGUGGAAUUGUAUCAGAAUUAAAGGAAUAUUUAACUUUUAUCCUCUAUCCUAUAUCUGCUGAAUCAUUUUCAUACAUUGGUUACCACAAAUGAGAAUUUCAGCAUGUUUCUCUGUGUGUAGAGAACAACUUGGAAUAAAAUAUACAGCAGAACAGUAGAAUGGGCUGGUGCUAAUACACUCAAACAAACGUUAAAAAUGUGCACCCAUUUCUCCCGCAACUGUUAGGAUUCUCCCGCAUACUCAUUGAUAGAGGAACCUGCCACAAUAUUAGACGCAUGCUCUUGCUCGCAGGGCUUUCUUCACUGCUGUGUUUGUCUUCAUAUAUUAAAGGCUUAUUCUAAUAACCCAGUGACUUACAGGAAGAAGCAGUGGCGCUAGUUAAACUAGUAAGCAGACUUGCAUGUGCUGUUUGUGUUAGCUGUGUUAUUUUUGUCCAUGUAUGCUUCCUCCUCCUGUUCCUUCCUAUCCUCCUUUCCCACUGCAUGUCUUCCUCACUGCUAAUAUACUGAGUUUACUAUCUUUUCCUCAGAAAUCCUGUCAGAAAGAAGGUUCCUAAGUAGAACACAGAAAACAAUAUGUGUAUGUUUCAAUGUCUAAAAGACAGUAACAGGGCAGUAGGUAACCAAAGAGGGGGGACUUCUGAUGAAGCUGUUAAAAAAAGAAAUAGAUUUAUUUAAAAGAUAUUCAAAGCUAAAUAAAGUAUAUACAUAUAUAACUAUACUAUAUCUAUAUGGAGAAGUUAAUAUAUUACUAUAUUGUGUUUAGGAGACAGAGAUACUGCCACUCAUUUUCCAUUUAGUGGUCACUGAUGUUUGCCCAUAUGUAACUUCACAUCUUCAGGUAACCAUCAGCCUUAUAGAUAUCCUCUGAUAAUUUAAUCUUUACUGUAUGUAUUUCAAAAAUAUCAGUACAGAGUAGCUUCUAGUCACUCACAUAUAUAAUCCAAUCUCUAAUGUAAUGUAUGGUGUGUCUUUUGGCACUUUAUUGUGGACCUAUCACUGCAUAGGUAAAAUUUCUAAUUACUUGGGUAAUGUCAAAUAUUUCUGUGUGUUUUAUGUGAGGUAAAUCUGCCUAUGGAUACAGAUAUGUGCCUCCAACAGAUCAUAACAUCCUUGGUUUGAAAAUAUGAGUAUAUAGAUAAAUAUAUACAUAUAUAUAUAUAUAAAUAAAAAGAUAUAUGUUUUGAAUCCUGUGCCAGAUAAAAAAAAAACAAUAAUAGUACUAUUAAUAAAACAUGUAUGUGAAGAUGCAUAAUUUAUUUUAAAUGUCAUUAAUCCUUGAGGCCCUACCUCAGAUUUUGUAUUUCAUGUAUAGAAAUGCAAUUGAAGUAUAGUAUCUUUGCUGAAAAUAUUAUAAAAGCAGAAUAAUCAUGAAGUGUAUAACCUCAAAAAUCAAGAAAUA